AUGGCGGAUGAAGAUAUCGAUCCAGUGCUGCAUGACGACAUUAAAUCUGCAAUUAACUCCAAGCAAGACACGGACAAACGACUGGAACAACCAGAAGAAGAGUCACGUCGUUCAUUACGUCGUCGUAGUAGGACACGUAGUCCCAGUCACUCACGUCGUCGGCAUCGAGACCGCUCUCGUUCUCACUCAAAGAAUCGACGACGUUCUCGUCGUUCUCGUUCACGUUCUCGCUCUCCUCGUCGCAGUCGUGGAAGCUCCCGACGAGGGAGAGAACGCAGUCACAGUCGUAGUAGAGAACGGACGUCUCGGAAGAAACGCAAGAGCAAGAGUCGGUCCCGUUCAGCUCCUCCUAAAGAAGAGAGAGAGCGCAGUACGUCUGCGGAACGUGCGGAACGUGCAAAGCAGCGUGAAUUGAUGGAGUUGACGCGCGAUCACCGUACAGUUUUUGUCGGACAAUUGACUCAAAAGGUUCGAGAGAAAGACCUGCAGCGGUUUUUUACAAAGACUGGUAAGGUGGAGAGUGUGUUGUUGAUUCGUGACAAGUUUACGAACCGUUCCAAGGGUUUUGCGUACGUUGAGCUGUCAAAUUUGGAAGAUGUGCCGAAGGUUCUAUUGAUGAAUGGUGUAGUACCGGAUUUUCAGUCAUUCCCAAUUAUGAUCAAGGCUUCGGAAGCUGAAAAGAACUUUGCUGCCAAGAAGGAUUCAGUCAUGAAUGCCACUGCAGCAACCUCAACACCUCUAACAGUUGAUGCUUCUGGUGCAGGUCUGGCUGGUGUGAUUGCUGGUGCUGGAAUGUCAGCAUCGGCGUUAUCUGCGGCGAGUCGAAUCUAUUGUGGCAACCUCCACACGAACAUAACGGAAGAUGAUUUACGGAUCGUGUUCCAGUCGUUUGGUGAAGUACUGUCGGUGACUAUCAAUCGCGACGAAAUGGGUCGCUCCAAGGGAUUUAGCUUUAUCCAGUUCAGUAGCCCACAGGAAGCUAACUUUGCGUUGUCCAAAGGCAAUGGGCUUGAGCUAGCAGGCAACUACUUGCGUCUUGGUCCAGUGAACGAAAAUGCGGUGGGUGGCGGAAACAGAAGUGUAGGUGGGGUGGGCGCAAGCGGCGCGGAGAACGAUGCUACAGGUGGGCGAUGGAAGCUAGAGGACGAUGAAGGCACUGGACUAAGUAUGAACGCACAAUCACGCUCGGCACUGAUGGCAAAGCUUGCUGGAAGCGACGUGAACUUGUUUCCUACGUUCAUGGGAGGUAGCGUUGGAACUGUUGGGGGAUACUCCGCAGCCGCUGAGUUUACCAACAGCAUGGCAGCAACUGCCGCGCAGCGAGCGGAACAGGCGGCUGCGCUGAUGUCAUCGACGGAGAUUGAAGGAAGUGAAUCGUUUUGCCUUGUGGUGAAGAAUAUGUUCGAUGUGUACCAGGAACAGAAGAGCGGGAACCCAGAGUGGUCUGCAGAGAUCCAGCAGGACGUCGAAGAAGAGUGCGGGCAGUACGGACCUGUGCUGCACACGUACGUCGAGAAGGAGAAACAGGGCGGUCUCGUAUACGUGCUGUUUGGCAACGUGAGCAGUGCUGUAUCGGCCGCCAAGAAGCUGCAUGGCCGUUGGUUCAACAAGCGUCAAAUUAGUGUUAGGUACCUAUCGUCGCAGGAGUACGUCGGCAUGUUCCCUGAAGCUCGAUCCGCUGUGCAGACCGCGCGCGCCACCAGUUCCCAGUAA